AGCAACGGCACGUGCACCCAGCCGCCCUCUCAAAACUUCACCAUCGCCCUCACAUUUCACCCUCCACAGAGGCCAGCGAGUACACGUCCGACUACUAGCGCUGCAUUCUCACGCUCCCUCUCCCAUAUCAACACCCCGCCCAGCUAUCUCCGCCCUGUUCACCACUUGCCCACGUACAGGGACUCAACACCUUGAUCGCACACGAACAUGAACAGCCCCGUCCCGGCAUUCCUGCCGUGGGCCACGGCCACGGCUUUCGUGCCCAUUGCCACGGCUACCGCCACGCCCUUUCCGCCCGCCGUUCUCGCGCAGACAGGCCCCGUGGUGUACCCGUCCAUCUAUCUCCCCGACCUCGCCAUUUGGGUGACCUGCCCGUCCACGGUGUGCAACCCGAUCGGCUCGAACAGCACGUUUUCCCUCGUGGACAAGUCUGUCACCCUGUACCACGACGCCGUCAACUUCGCCGCCCGCAUCGCCUUCGGCAAGUCGCCUACCCCCGCCCCCGUCCUGAACCAUGCCGUCCCGUCCGUCGACGCGCCCACGCCCACGCGCAAGCCACACACACAGACAGUGUCCGCCCCGGACGUCCAGAGCGCGUACCUCCUCCCGCCGGGCAGCUAUCUCCUGUGGUCGCCCUGGAAGGAGGACCCCAGGGUCAAGUGGGGCUACCUCUACACCGUCGCGCAGAUCCGCAACAAGACGUGGUGGGCGCUGGAGAAGUCGGGAAUCCUGGCCUUCACGCACAAGCACUGUCCCGUGACGCACAAGAGUGGGCCGUACAUCUGGUACCAGGGCGGCCCUUUUGUGUUCGAGUGGAUCAUGUUGCUGGGGCAGCUGCUGUGGAUCGUGCUGCUGCUUUUGCUGAUGGCUUGCUUGGCGAUGGCUGGGAAGGCGGCUUCGCUGGCGCUUUUGGUCAAGGAGUUUGCGUUGGACCGUAGACCUUGGGUCUUGGAGCGUGUUGUGAGGUCUCCUGAGUCGUAAGUCCCUCCCGCAUGAAUGGAGCCAUUGGAUGUGAGCUAACGUUUUCUAGUGUUGCCUCCGCUGCUGGAGAGACUAUUUCCGACUUGAGGAACGUGGGUCCUUGGGUCAUUGAGCACGUUGCCCGUUCUACGGAGUAGGAAAUCCCGACAGCAUGGAUUGUUUGACGAGUUACGAGCUGACAGUUUCUAGUGUCACUUCCUCCAUUGGAGAGGCUAGAUCGUUGUUGAAUUACGUUGGACUGUGG